GUAGCGGGGAAACGUCGACCUACAUCAUAGAUCUCCCUCGAGCAGCACUAGUUCGGUUGGUCUUAACUUCAACUUAACACGCCAUUCUGUAAAGUACAGCUCUGUGUAUAUUUGUCUUAUCCUUAUCUCAUUCGACGAAGCACAAUUAUGGAGACACACCGAGCUGCUAUUUUGACUUCGCCUCAAGGCUCAGAUGGGAAGCCCACAUUCGCCGUGCGGGAUGAACCGCGCCCAGUUCCAGGACCGAAUGAGGUCCUUAUCCGCCUAUCAGUAACUGGUCUCUGUGGUUCCGAUCUCGGUAUGGCUAUGGGCCAUUUUGGACCCCUCGAUAGAAAGAUUCUCGGCCACGAGGGAGUCGGCCGCAUCGCUGCCCUAGGCUCUAACAUUGCGGCUCUGGACCGAUCGGUCCAAGUUGGACAGCGAGUAGGUGUUGCCUGGACCCGCGACACGUGUGGCAAUUGCGAUGCCUGCGUAGACCUCGUCAACGAGGGUGAGACGCGCUGUGAAAAGACGCUCCACUCGGGCAGAGCGUACGACGGCACGUUUGCCCAGUAUACGCUCGUACCAUUGCGGUACUUGGCGAGGCUCCCUUCCCAGUUUGACGAGGUGCCUGAUGAGGAGGUUGCGCCCAUCCUUUGUGCAGGUGUCACGGCUUACAAGGCUAUUAAGAAUUGCCAUGUAACGCCAGGUUCAUGGUUCGCCAUCUCGGGAGCCGGAGGAGGCGUUGGCGCUUUGGGCGUCGCGUAUGCCCGUGCCAUGGGCUAUCGCGUCAUUGGCGUCGAUGCCGGCCCCGAAAAGGGUGAGAUCUGUAAAGAUCAGGGAGCCGAGGUCUACAUCGAUGUCACCGAGCCUGGAACUCUAGCGGAGAAAGUCAGAAAGGCAACCGGAGGCUAUGGGGCAAAGGCAGUGGUAGUCGCAGCUACGGCAACUGCUGCCUACCAGGAUGCCUUUGAGUUGCUGGCGCCGUUCGGAACGUUGAUGUGCGUUGGCAUUCUGCCGUGGGAGGCGAAAGUGAACUUCAAUCCCAUCUGGCUUAUCGGAAAGGGUUGGAAGAUCCUGAGCUCAUCUGUUGGAUCACGUGCCGAUAUUCUUGAGGCUUUAGAAUUUGUCAAACGCCGUGCGGUCGUUCCCAACGUUCAUGUAGGAAAGAUUGACGACUUGGAGGAGUUGGUGCAGACUAUGCACGGUGGCCAGCUGAAGGGCAAGUGGGUUCUGAAGCUAGACUAAGCAUGGGGAACUGGUCCACAUCCUAUUUUUAUGAGUAUAGGUAAACAGACUUCAGAGUGUUUGAACAACGACAGACAGGCGAACAUGAAGUUUUUUUAACAAUGCAAAUAAAACCGAGCCCACUUGGCGAAAGACAAAGUCGAAUGUAGUACUAUAGCAGACGUAAGCAAGAGAACUACCGGGAACUAGUGCAUCUACUUCCCUAUUAGGUAGAGAGAAUACUUGACUUUUCUUUCUUGGACCUUUCUACAGCAAAACGCAACAAGCCUCAACAUUGAAGAUAAGUUGGAAUGGUUUUUGGAAACAACGUCGAGAAGCGCCAAUGAAAGCAGGAAGAGUACGACGAUUGCACAGCAAGUGAUUGAUCUGGAAAUCUAAAUCACGCGUGGCCAUGUAACUCUCUGUUUCGGGAUGAUUUAGAGUUCAAUCAAAUUAUGCUAAAAACUCC